CACAAAUCUCAGCCGGCUGCGUACAAAAACAGCCGCAUCGCUGCCAACGUAACGAACUCAACAGUUUCGGAAUCAUAUUCCGUGUAUAACACACAUCAUGCGGAGCCUGGAAUGUGCCUGUGCCGUGUGCGGAGUAGCAGCCUCGCAGACUUGCACCCGCUGCAAAAUUGUGCGCUACUGCAACAAGGAACACCAGAAGCAACACUGGCCCGACCACAAGCGCUGCUGCAAGCCGAUUCGAGAGGAGAAGGAUGAUGUGUUGGGCCGAUUUUUGGUGGCCACACAGGACAUCAAGGCCAAUCAGAUCAUUUUCGUUGAGGAGCCGCUGGUGGUCGGUCCAAAGUGGUACAUGUCGGAGGGGGAGAGAUCCUCCACAACCGUGCCGUGCGUGGGCUGCUACACGCCCUCUCGCUUGGGUAAACAUCUGUGCCGCAAUUGUCGCUGGCCAGUUUGCAGUUCUACCUGCGAGCACGAGGCGCUGGAGUGCAGCGUCCUCAGCCUGGGUCCGGGACCGUCUGCCAGGGCCGACGCUCGUGGACUGAACGAUUUCUACCGUGGGGAUGCACUUCUUGUGCUUAAGUGUCUGCUGCUGCAGCGCAAAGAUCCGAAGAAGUGGGCAGAUCUGCUGGAGAUGCAGUCGCACGAAGAGGAACGCCAAGGCACUGAGCUCCACCAGGAGGCAGAAGAUGGAAUUGUUAGCUACUUGACUCAACGCUUUCUGCAGCGCCUCAAGCAGAGUAAUAAGGAUGUUCUUGAGCACUACGAACCUGAGCUGCUGCAUCGGCUGUGUGGCAUCAUUGAGACCAAUUACAUGGUGGUCGAGCUGCCCACGGGCAUCGAGCUGAGUGGAAUGUUCCGACAGGCGUGCAUGAUGGAGCACGCCUGCCAGCCCAACUGCUAUUUUCAGUUUGACGGAACUACCAUGCAGAUCGCGGUGAGGGCGGGCGGCGACCUGAAGAAGGGCGACCACUUGAGGAUCACCUACACAAACAUCUUGUGGGGCACUCAUCUGCGACAGCAUCAUCUGCGGCUGACGAAGCAUUUCAAAUGCGGCUGCGAACGCUGCUUGGAUCCCACGGAGUUUGGCAGCUAUGUGAGUGCGCUGACCUGCUUGGGAGAUGUCAACAAGUCCUGUGGGGGCAAGCAACUGCCCGUGGAUCCAGUCGACGAGAACAGUCAGUGGAAAUGCGACUCUUGCCCCAUGUCCAUGGAUACGGCAUACGUGACCGAGCUGCAAACCCAUAUGACGGAGCAGGUGGACAAGAUGCUGGCCGACCGCCCUUCGGCCAGUGAGAUCGAGCUAACGUUGGCCCGUCUGACGCAGAUGCUGCACCCAAACCACUUUCACAUGUUCAACCUAAAGCACACGCUCAUCCAGCUGUAUGGCAACGAGGUUGGUCUUGAACUGAGCUCGCUCAGUGACGGGACACUGGAGCGUAAGCUGCGCCUGUGCGACGACCUGUACAACGUGUGUCGUCGCCUGGAUCCCUACAGCAUUAAGCUGGCCAUCUAUCUGACUGUUAUUCUCGUCGAGAUUGCCCACACCCUGGAGGAACAGGCGCGCAGGAAUCCCGCACAGGCUUCUACUCUGCUAGAAGAUGCCCUGCUGCGACUCAAAGAGGCUCAGAAAGUGCUGGAAAAGGAACUCGAUUCUGUGGCAGGUAAGAAGCUGAAUGAGAAGCUGCAGGCGGAGAUCUUUGAGUGGGAGAAACUAAUGCUGACCCACAAAUACCAACAGCAGAGAAUUGACUAGUUAUCCAAAUAAAACAUACUUUAUUAUCAUAUUAA